AAAAUUGUCAAAACAGAAAUCUACUCUUCGGAGCUGACACAAUUCCUCAAUUUUGGAAUGACUCUGCUUUACCUCUUUUUAGAAUUUCUUCUUUCUGCGUGAGUGUGUGUGUGUUGUUUUAGUAUGAGGCUCCCUUCCCACCUCAGUCAUUGGUUUGCUCGCUCCCUUAUGUGAUGAAUCAAUGCUUUCAGAACAGGGGCUUCUGAGUGACUGCGGGAACAAUUACUUCCAAAUGACCUCGUGCAUCUUAUCAGGGAGCAUUCAGACCACACCCCAGGUCUCUGCUGGUGGUUCUGAAGCCAAACCUCUGAUCUUCACAUUUGUCCCCACUGUCAGAAGACUACCAACCCAUACUCAGUUGGCUGACACCUCUAAAUUCCUUGUUAAAAUUCCAGAAGAAUCAAGUGAUAAGAGUCCAGAAACUGUAAAUAGGUCUAAAUCCAAUGACUACUUGACCUUGAAUGCUGGGAGCCAACAAGAGAGAGACCAAGCGAAAUUGACUUGUCCUUCAGAGGUCAGUGGAACGAUUUUACAAGAAAGGGAAUUCGAAGCAAACAAACUUCAAGGGAUGCAGCAAAGUGACCUCUUCAAAGCUGAAUAUGUCCUUAUUGUGGACUCCGAAGGGGAAGAUGAGGCUACAAGCAGAAAAGUUGAACAAGGCCCCGCAGGGGGGAUUGGCACCGCAGCUGUCCGGCCCAAGUCUCUAGCAAUCUCGUCCAGUCUGGUCUCUGAUGUAGUGCGUCCCAAAACACAGGGGACUGAUCUCAAGACCUCAUCACAUCCUGAAAUGCUUCAUCGGAUGGCCCCUCAGCAAAAGCAUGGGCAGUUAACUUCUUCUCCCACUACCUCUGAGCAGCUUGCCUGUAAACCACCUGCUUUCUCCUUUGUUUCUCCAACUAAUCCGAACGCACCACCCGACCCAGUUAACCUCGAGGGAGCCUCUGUCCUAGAGGAGUUCCACACUAGGAGGCUGGAUGUCGGUGGGGCCGUGGUGGAAGAAUCAGCUACGUAUUUUCAAACUACCGCUCACUCUACACCCUUUUCUGCAUCGAAGGGCACCUCCUCGACGUUACUGUUUCCCCAUUCCACUCAACUAUCAGGUUCUAAUUUACCCAGUUCAACUGCAGCAGAUCCAAAGCCUGGACUGACCUCUGAAGUUCUCAAGAAGACAACUUUAACCUCGCAUGUCCUUAGUCGCGGAGAAAGUCCGAGAACCUCUUCUUCUCCACCGUCCUCCAGUGCUUCUCUGAAGUCGAAUUCAGCCUCGUACAUACCAGUCCGCAUUGUCACGCAUUCACUCUCUCCGAGCCCCAAACCAUUUACCUCCUCUUUCCACGGCUCUUCUUCCACCAUCUGCAGCCAAAUGUCAUCUAGUGGAAAUCUUUCAAAGUCAGGGGUAAAAUCCCCGGUGCCUUCCCGGCUUGCCCUUCUCACUGCCAUUCUCAAGUCAAACCCUUCCCACCAAAGACCCUUUUCCCCUGCAUCCUGUCCCACCUUCUCUCUCAACUCCCCGGCCUCUUCCACGCUCACACUUGAUCAAAAAGCAAAGCAGACCCCACCCACGCCUAAAAAAUCUCUCUCAAGUUGUUCCCUGAGAGCCGGGUCACCAGAUCAAGGGGAACUCCAGGUUUCUGAAUUGACCCAGCAAUCUUUUCACCUGCCUGUUUUCACCAAGUCUACUCCGCUUUCUCAAGCGCCCUCCCUCUCUCCUACAAAACAGGCUAGUAGCAGUCUUGCUUCCAUGAAUGUAGAGAGAACACCAUCACCUACUUUGAAGAGCAAUACCAUGCUCUCCCUGCUACAAACCAGUACAUCCAGUUCUGUGGGUCUUCCUCCUGUUCCACCAAGCUCUUCUCUUUCCUCUUUGAAGAGUAAACAGGAUGGUGACCUCAGGGGUCCAGAAAACCCCAGAAACAUUCACACGUACCCUUCUACAUUAGCCUCCUCUGCAUUAUCUUCUCUAUCUCCUCCUAUUAAUCAAAGAGCUACGUUCUCUUCUUCAGAGAAAUGUUUCCAUCCUUCCCCAGCUCUUUCAAGCCUGAUAAACAGAUCUAAAAGAGCGUCAUCCCAACUAUCUGGCCAGGAGCUGAAUCCUUCAGCUCUUCCUUCACUCCCUGUCUCCAGUGCUAACUUUGCCUCUCUUCCCAACUUGAGGUCCUCCUCUCUCCCUCAUGCCAAUCUGCCCACCCUGGUGCCCCAGCUCAGUCCCUCAGCUCUGCACCCACAUUGCGGCAGUGGUACCUUGCCUUCAAGACUUGGGAAAUCUGAAAGCACCACCCCCAACCACAGGUCACCUGUUUCAACCCCAUCACUUCCCAUAUCUCUAACAAGGACAGAGGAGCUGAUUUCACCUUGUGCAUUGUCCAUGUCAACAGGCCCAGAAAAUAAGAAAUCAAAGCAAUACAAGACCAAGUCAAGCUACAAGGCUUUUGCAGCAAUCCCUACAAACACAUUGCUUUUGGAACAGAAGGCACUAGAUGAACCAGCCAAGACUGAAAGUGUCUCCAAGGACAACACAUUAGAACCACCAGUGGAGCUCUAUUUUCCUGCACAGCUCAGGCAGCAAACUGAAGAGCUCUGUGCUACCAUUGAUAAGGUCUUACAGGAUUCCUUGUCUAUGCAUUCUUCUGAUUCUCCUUCAAGGUCCCCAAAGACAUUGUUGGGUUCUGACACAGUCAAAACUCCUACAACUCUUCCAAGAGCAGCUGGUCGAGAAACCAAAUAUGCAAAUCUCUCCUCACCAUCUUCUACAGUAUCUGAGAGUCAGCUGACUAAGCCUGGAGUAAUUCGCCCAGUACCUGUAAAAUCCAGAAUAUUACUGAAAAAAGAGGAGGAAGUCUAUGAACCCAACCCUUUCAGUAAAUAUUUGGAAGAUAACAGCGACCUCUUUUCUGAACAGGUUCCAAGACAAUCAACUAAAAGAGAAAUUUGAAAGAGUCGGAUGGUUUAUAUAACUCUUAAAAUCCUUAUUGUUGGAUUAAGCCAUUCCUGAUAUUGGACCUUAUUGUCUUCACCCGCACAAUGAGAGUGGAGUACAAUGCACUAUUGAAAGUCUCCUUGUAUCCUGAAAUUCUGUGUUUAUGUCUUUAAAUACUGUUGGAGCCCUGAUAUUUGAUGAUUAGGUGAUUCAAAAAAGAGGGGGGAAAACAAGUAUUAUUUAGGUCACAUGUUUGGAGAGAUGGAAAGUCUUAAUUUAUUGUUUAAGUCAACAUCAUGACAAAUACCCAGCUCUAUAGGGUUUACUAUGAUGUGCAGGUGUGUGUGUACCUGUGUGUGUGCGCCUGUGUGUGUGCACAUGCAUGGGCUUGCCCCCGCCCCUGCAAUUUGGAUAGAGCAAUUUUGGGUAGAGAAAUUUUUUUCCCUUUUCUUUAAAAGUCAGUUUCUAUUCACUUCCUAUUUGUAUUGAGAAAUCAUCAAUAUGAUUUAUUAUCAUUUUGUCCCUUUGAAUAACUAUAAUUUUGUUUUCCUUUGCCUUAAAUUAAAACCCCUAAGAGAUAAUUUAUUUUCAAAAUUAAAUAUGUGUGUGUAUGCAAAAGAUGAUUAAAUACACACACAUACAUAUUUAGUAGUUUUUUAAAGGGUCUUGGCAUUUGCUACUUAAGUUACUUUUUAUUUCUUUUUCACAUUGGUAAAUUUGUCAACUAUUUCUGCUGUAAAUAUACUUAAUAAGAAGGCUAACUAGGCAACCUAAAAUUUAAAUGAAGAUACUUUUAAUAAUGAGGUGAACAUGUCUUUGCACUUCCCUGUUUCUGGAUUUACUGUCUCAGCUUUCUUCAAGUGCAAAGGACACCAUAUUUCAUUCAUGUGUUUCAUAAUUAUAAAAGACUCUGGGUUAAUCCUUGCAAUAAACUUUUGGGAUAACUUUUGCCUUUUAAAUCUCUCUCUGGAAAGUGAUGUGAGACUUAAAAAGACUCUGUAUAAGAAAAUAAUUUAGUUGUAGAACAUCAAACUUUUCACUUAAAUCCCUUGUUAAGACAAUAAUAGAUUCAAAAGAACAAAAGGUCAGUAUAUUAAAAACUGUAAGAUCACUUAAAAAUAUAAUACUCCUUAAGCAUGAACAAUAUAAAUGCUUCAUUUAAUGUGUCUAAAUGUAUAGAUUUUGUAACACUAAAAGGUUGUAAUGCUAUAAUAAAGACAUAUCUCAGGCCAGGCUUGGUGGCUCACGCCUGUAAUCCCAGCACUUUGGGAGGCCAAGGCAGGCAGAUUACCUGAAGUCUGGAGUUCCAAACCAGCCUGGCCAACAUGGUGAAACCCCGUCUCUACUAAAAAUACAAAAAUUAGCCAGGCAUGGUGGUACAUGCCUGUAAUCCCAGCUACUUGGGAGGCUGAGGCAGGAGAAUUGCUUGAACCCGGGAGGCGGAGGUUGCAGUGAGCCAAGAUUGCAUCACUGCCACUGCACUACAGCCUGGGCAAUGGAGUGAGUCUUUGUCUCAAAAACAAAACAAAACAAAACAACAACAACAACAAAAAAAAACAGCAUAUCUUGUAUGUACGUAAUCUGUUCAGAAUUUCAAAAUUGUGAAAGUUUUUUUUUAAUUCAAAGAUAUCUACAUGCUUUUCGAAUCAAUAAAGUUGUAAUUAGCUGAUGUUUGUAUGCAUUGUAUCUCCACUUGAAAAUGUUACACCAAAAUAAUAAAACCAUGGUCUAUUCUGUUUUCCUAACAAAGAUAUGGUACUUUGACUACCUGACUGCCAUAGAAAUCAAGAAGAGCAUAGCCAUUUAUUUUUUAUGUGCUUUUAUAAAGAUAAUCCUAUCUCUUUACAGUAAGUCACAAAUCUGCAGGCAGCAGUCAACACAUUUUCAAGCAACUUAUACUUAUUUGCUUAGUAUAAUUUUCUACCAUUCUUUGAAAUGGAACAACUCUUAUGCUCAGAGCAUCUCUUGCAGUUUAAAAAUCCAGCUAGUUUUUGAAAAUCUCUUUUGAGAUGUCUCAAAAUGACAUCUGUCAGAGUCCCCUCCCUCUUUUUGUAAAAGGCUUUCUGCCAAGACACACCCAACAGCCAUUUCUAGUCUAUGAUUUCCAUAGCAGACUAGCCACAGGGGAACUUGUGAAUUGGUCCAUUUAUUCUAGAUUUACUUGACAAUCGCUGGAAAAAUUCUCUCUAAUCUCUUAUUCCCCAGAUUUAUCAGGGAUUAUCUUCACCACCCCUACUUUCACCCUGGGCGUCAGCUCAGUGCUGACAGUGGUCAUAGGGACCUUGCCUAGUCCUAUUGAGACUUCUGAUCUUGUUGUUUUCCUCUGUUCCCUCCAUCCUCCUGCUCUCAGUCCCAGCACAGUUCACACAUUCUUACUCUGAUUAAUUAUGUUCUUUUCUAGAGGUUUGAUGUCCUAGCUCCUAGGCUUUCGAAACCCAAUUUUUUCUCUGUCAAAGUAUUAACUCUGCCAUGAGUUUCCAAAAUCUAUUUUGAAACCCAAACUCUACUUUUUCCUUUUUGCAAUUCUGCUUUAACAUUUUAAUCCAGAAACAUGAGGAUGGAAUUAAUCUUUAGCUACCUGGGUUGACAGAAGGAACACAGAACACAGGACUAUGAGAAAGACAAAACUAGAAAACAUUUAUGAGCAUGUGGUCUCCGCAAUGCUGAGUAGUGAGUGCUGUGGUUUUAUGUUGAAUGGUGUUGCUACUUCUCUGUCUACUUAUCCCCCUUUCCUCUACACUUAAUAUUCAGGCAUUUAACGUUUGUGCCAGGCUCUGCAAUAGGCCUGGGUGAUUCCCCAGGAAAUAAAGGAGACAAUAUCCCUCCCUCAUGGAGCUUAGAUUCUAGUAAGUUCUCAAUAUGCUGGACCCUGGUCUCUGCCUUUUUGCUCCUAUUUGUAACCUUUUCUGCCCGCUGUGUACUUCCUCACUAAAAGCUGUCCACUUUACACUCAGGCUGCACAUUCUGUGGACUCCUACUGCAACGGAAGUGACACGUCUGGUCCUUGGGUCCUCUGAUCAUUGAGGAACCCUAUCCUUGUGGCUAGUUACUGUAGCCUUUGACUUUCCUACUUCCUGAAAAAGAGAAAAAGACGAUGAUAGAAUUCAAUGGCAAGAACAUGGGCUCUUGUGAUUUUUGAAAAAAUCAGUCCUUACUGAACUUCAAUUUUAUCCUACAAAAAUGGGGCUACUAAUGACCAUUUCUAAUGGAACCCAUACUAAUAUGUAUUUGCGAUAUUUUUAAAAGUAUAAUUUCUUUAAAUUUUUUCCAAGUGCUUUCAUCUUUAUUGCAGUAUAAUUGACAAAAAUUAGACCUAUUUAAGGUGUAAAAUGUGAUGAUUUGAUGUAUGUGUACAUUGUGUAAUGAUUACCACAGUCAAAUUAAUCAAUGUAACUAUUAAUGUACUAGUUACUCUGUGCGUGUAUAUGGGAGAAGAGAUGAGGACACAUAAAAUCUAUUCUUAGCAAAUUUCAAGUAAAAAGUAAAAUAUUAUUAACUGUAGUCACCAUGCUAUACAUUAGCUCUCCAGAACUUAUUCCUUUGAUAACUGAAUGUUUCUACCCUUUAAACACCAUUUUUCCUUUUCACUUAAAUCCCUUAUUAAGACAAUAAUAGAUUCGAAACAACAAAACAUCCAUUUCAACCAAAAGUCCAUUCCAACCACUGGCAACCAUCAUUCUACUCUUUGCUUCUGUAAUUCUAUUUUAGAUUCCACUAAAGUGAGAUCACACAAUAUUUGUCCUUUUGUGACUGGAUCAUUUCACUUGGCAUAAUAUAUUUGGAAUUCAUUCAUGUUAUUGAAAAUGGCAGGAUUUCUUUCUUUUUUAAGGCUGAAUAAUAUUUCAUUGUUUAACACGUUUUAUUUAUUCAUUUAUCCAUUAACAGACACUUCGGUUGUUGCCAUAUCUAAUUGUUAAGAAUGAUACUGCAAUGGUUGAAUGAAAUACUCACUAUCAAAGGGCUCUAAAGACUUAAAUGUUUCUUGUUAUCAUUUCCUUUAGAAUCACUUCAAUUUUGGAAGAAAGGGGUUGAUUUCCUGCUAAAGGUUCAACUGAAUAUAUUGUCUUCUUUCUCAUAUUGUCUUUCUCAUAUUGUCCAUUAUGAGCAAUUGUAGAAGCCUAUUUUCUAUGUUACUUUUGACUUCUUCAAUUUUAACUGCUCCUCCAUCCUAAACACCUCCACAUGGGAAAUAAAAGACCAGAAUCAAACUAUAUGUAUAGAAAAACGUAAAACUCAGCAUUUUAGUCCUCUGCUGCUCACUGUGAUUAUGGAGUAUUUUUCUUUCUUUUCCCUUGAGUGUACCUCCAUCAGAUACUUCCAUGCUGAUCCAUGCCAUCUGUUCUGUGAAACUUGCUGUCAGACAACCAUACACUUUAAGCGCUAAGUUAUCCAAAUUCUAUCUUAAAAAAUAUGUUGUGAUUAUUAAAAAUCUUUUUGUAUAUAGAGGAUUUCAAAUAGCUAAGCAUAUGCUAAAUUUUUCAUACUUCACAAGUUCAAAUUUUCUUGGUUCAAAUCAGGAUUCAAAAUAUAUGUGUUGCUUUAAAUAUGUCUGUUUGAAAAAAUGCAUAUGGAUUCUCCAAAAUUUGGGUUUCUAAGCAAGAAGAUAUGCCAUAUAAUCAAAACCAAUUUAUAUUGGCUUUAUCUUAGUGAAAUGUAGAUAAUCACAAUCUCUUAUUUCUUAGUAACAUGGGGUUUCUGUGAUGCUGUCUGUAAAGUGUUGAUGUCUUUACAUAAAGGGGUCGCUCUUUAAGAAAAUAUUACUACUGUUCAUGAUUUUAUUAGCAAGGUGUUGAUUUAAAUUAAAACUGUAGCAAAAAUGCUAUGGCUCUGAUUUUAAACUGCUGUAAGUUCUAGACAGCAAAGGAAAGCUGAAAAUAAAUGCUGCAUUUAAAAAUAAAUGUUGCUUUACCAAAGAGGUGGGAAGAUGGAAGACAGGAUGGAGUGAAAGGCUGCAGUAAUUUUACCUAUGGUACUCUGAGUUCACAAAGGUGUCUUGUACUCAGACAGAAAACCGCAGCGUGAAGAGGGGACAGCAUGAGUGAAGAGAAAGUGAAUUUUCACCCUUCACUUCCAAACCACAGGAAAGGAAGUGACUUUAAAAUGCCAGGAUGGAACAAAAGCAUUUCAGAUGUGCAGGCUUUAAAAAGAAGAGCUCAAAAUGCCUUAAAAUGCCCUUUGAUGUUGCAAUGGAAACAGUUUUUGAAGUUAAACAGUACGAUUUGAUGGUUGAGUAGAAAGUAGGCUUUUUCUAGAGCACCAAAUGCAUCAGAUAUGGCUAUAACACUAAUUUUCUGAUGUGUCUGUCAGUUAAGCAGAGCUAAAUUAAUAUAUUCACUGCAUAUUUGUCUGCUAAUUUUUCUUUAAUGAACAAAGAUAUUACUUGCUUCAUAAGUUCCUGUCUUCUUGAAGUUUUGUAGAAUAUGAUAGUAUCAUCUCAAAAAUAAUUAAUUCUUUUCAAAAAUCAAGCUCCUCAGUAAAGCCUUUUUUUGAAAAAUUAGUUCUAUGUAUACUGAAAUUGAAAGAGGACAAUUCUCAAGUGACUAAAAAGUGGUUUAAAGCAUUUUAUCAGAAAUAACUAUGUUACCUAUCUCAUUGAUAGAAACAUGUCCAAGACUGUUUUAUGAUCCCUUUACAUCCCUCAGAAACUAAAACAUUAAAAAAUUCAUAUAUUGCAUAUUAAAGCAGGAUAGAGUGACGUUCAUUUUCAAGAAUCAUUUAGAAUAGUGAUCUCUAAAGUAUUAGGUACCAACCUCAAGAUAAUUCGCUGGGGUGGAAGUAGGGCACAAGUUAGACAUGAUAGAGAUGCCAUUAGUGUGUUUUGAAGCAAAUCUCAAACAGGGGUCACAAACUAUGGUCUGUGGGCCAAACCUGGCUCACCAGUGUUUUUAUAAAUAAAGUAUUAUUGGAACAUGGCCUUGCCUAUUUCAGUUAUGUGUCACUUAAGAAUGGGAUAUGUUUUGAGAAAUGCAUCAUUAGGUGAUUUUGUCAUUGUGUGAACAUCAGAGGGAAUUACACAAAUCCAGACGGUGUAGCCCAUUACACCUAGGCUAUGUGGUAUAGGCUAUUACUGCUGGGCUACAAACCUGUACAGCACGUUACUGUACUGAAUACUGUAAGCAAUUGUAACACAAUGGUAAGUAUUUGUGUAUCUAAACAUAUCUGAUCAUAGACAGGGUACUGUGAAAAUACAAUAUAAAAAAUAAAAGAAGGAACACCUGUAUAGUGCACUUACCGUGAAUGGAGGUUGCUCUGGGUGAAUCAGUGAGUGAGUGGUGAGUAUAUGUGAAGGCCUAGGACAUUACUUGUACAUUAUUGUAGACUUUGGGAACACUUAGACUACACUAAAUUUAUUAAUAUUUUUUUGAGAUGGAGUCUUGCUCUGUUGCCCAGGUUGGAAGGCAGUGGUGCGAUCUCGGCUCACUGCAGCCUUCAUCUUCUGGGUUCAAGCUAUUCUCCUGUGUCAGCCUCCCGGUAGCUGGGACUACAGGUGCACGCCAUCAUACGUAGUUUUUUGUAUUUUUAGUAGAGAUGGGAUUUUGCCGUGUUGGCAAGGCUGGUGUCGAAGUCCUGACCUCAGGUGAUCUGCCCACCUCAGCCUCCCAAAGUACUGGGAUUACAGGUGUGAGCCACCACGACUGGCCACAUUUUCUUUUUUCAAUAAUAACCUCAGCUUACUGUAAUUUUUUACUUAAUAAACUUGAAGUUUUUAAACUUUUUGACUGUUAUAAUAAACAAAAUGCAAACACAGGCCAGGUGCGGUGGCUCACACCUGUAAUCCCAGCACUUUGGGAGGCUGAGGCAGGCGGAUCAUGAGGUCAGGAGAUGAAGACCAUCCUGGCUAACAUGGUGAAACCCUGUCUGUGCUAAAAAUACAAAAAAAAAUUAGCCGGGCAUGGUGGCGGGCGCCUGUAGUCCCAGCUACUCGGGAGGCUGAGGCAGGAGAAUGGUGUGAACCCGGGAGGUGGAGCUUGUAGUGAGCCGAGAUCACGCCACUGUACUCCAGCCUGGGGACAGAGCGAGACUCCGUCUCAAAAAAAAUAAAAAUAAAAAAUAAAAAUAAAAAUAAAAAAAAAGAUACAAACACAUUAUGCAGCUGUACAAAAAUAUUUU